AUGACUCUAUCAGAGAUGUCGUGGCGUUCGUCUUUCCGCUGCUCAAAGUUUCGUCAUGUUUUCGGGAAGCCGUCCACCAAGGAGCACAGCUAUGACGGGGUGCCAAUCACACGCAGCGUCCACGACAACCACUACUGCUCAGCAAAUCCCUGCUUCAUCGCCGUGGUGACCGAGUGCGCCGGGGGCGGGUCCUUUUUAGUCCUGCCCAUUCAUCAUACAGGCAGGGUGGACCCUCAGCACCCGAGGGUGUGCGGUCACAGUGGGAGGGUCCUGGACGUCAAGUGGAACCCGUUUGACGAUCACUGCAUCGCCUCGUGCUCAGAGGACUGCACCGUGAAAAUCUGGGACAUCCCAGUCUGUGGCGUCCAACAGAACCUCACUAAGGCCAGGAAGACUCUGAUUGGUCACUCCAGGAGGGUGGCGCUGAUUGAGUGGCAUCCGACCGCUGAGAACCUGCUGCUUAGCUCCGCCUACGACUACAAGGUCCUCCUCUGGGAUGUGUCCCAGGUAGGCACAGUGCUCAGGUACCCGGUCCGCGUGGUCCUGAUGCCCAUCUACCACCGCUACCCGUCUGAUGCACUGCUGCUGUCUGUCAGCUUCAACAGUGAUGGCAGCAGGCUGGCGGUCACGUCCAAAGACAGGCGGGUUCGAGUCCUGGACCCACGGACAGGAAGGAUCCUACAGGUGUCCAACAGCAAGUCCCACAGGGCCAGUAAGGUUUUAUACAUCGGAGGGUUGAAGAUGCUUCUGUCCACUGGCAGCUCACCCUGGAACCACAGACAGAUUGUCCUGUGGGACCCUGACGACUUAUCUGAGCCACUGUAUGAAGAAGAUUUGGACGGUUCUGCAGGAGUCCUCUUCCCGUUUUACGAUCCAGACACACACAUGCUCUACUUGGCUGGGAAGGGUGACGGGAACAUCCGGUACUACGAGCUGAGCACUGAGAAACCUUACAUCAACUUCUUGACGGAGUACAGGUCCCUGCUGCCACAGAAAGGACUCGGGGUGAUGCCAAAGCGCGGCCUGGACGUCAGUGCCUGUGAGGUUUUCAGAUUUUACCGUCUGAUCGCCAUCAAAGACCUGGUGGAGCCGCUGUCAAUGAUCGUACCACGAAAAGAGUCAGGUAUUUUCCAAGAGGAUCUGUACCCAAUGACAGCUGGAAACCAGGCGGCCAUGACGGCUCAGGAGUGGCUGUUGGGGAUGAACAGAAGCCCAGUGCUGAUGUCCCUGAAGCCUGAGAGUCAAGUAGCCAACCCUUACCCAGAAACCCCUGCUGAGAAGGGGCUAGUGAGGCAGCUGAGCUCCCUGAGGUUCCAGAUGGGUCCGGCUGUCGGUGCAGUGACUGGGACACAUCUGCACUUUAUCGAAGAGGCCUUCCUUGAGGAGCAGCUGUCCUACCAGGACGCCAAAUACCCAAGAGAGGUGAGCGAUCUGUCGGGGUGGCAGCCAGAUGAGACCCAGAUCCCUCUGUGGACGUACUGCUGCACGCCACACUGCUGUGAACCUGCAGAGAGGCCGCCGCCUACGACCGAGAGCGAGCUCCUGCAGGCGUUUUACAGACAGCAAGACGAGAUCAGAGGCCUGAGAGAACAACUGAAUGAGAAAGACGUGAGGAUCGCACAGCUGGAGCGCGACAUCAAAAACACCAGAAACAACAUGAGGGCGACCUUCUGAUUCAACCCGUCAACUCUCACGCUGCUGUUUUAACACAAACUCCUCAACGUCUCCGACCAGUAAAGGAAACGCCGCUGACAUCUUCACAUCGCUAUGGACCCAGGUGUCCAGAAGUACUCUGAUCAGAUAUCGACCAUCGGAUUGGAUCAAAUCUCAAAAAUGGGUUCAGAGGAAAAGAAAAGGAUUCUGAAAUCAGAUUAGAUGUAAUCCAGUCUCUGUUCUGAUCUGGAUUGAACCUUCAGUAUAUGUUGUUAAAAACUCUUUAGUGGGAUUGGGAUACCUUUGAUCAGGAUAAUCCAAAAUUGAUCUUUGUUUCAUUCUCUUUAGUGGCACAGAUUGUGACAAGCAGUAGUUGAUGUGUACUUGUUGGCAGACUAAGACUUGAAACCAGACUUGUGAAUUUAUUUGUAUCAGACACCCAGGUUGUGCUACUGCAGAUGCAACUGUAACGUACAUUUAUUACUUUAUCUAGUCACAACAACACAGUCAAACACAGUCUGAUAGCAUCAACCUGCUGUUUCUGUCUCCUAAUAAAAACACAUA